AUGAAAGGAGAAAAAAUGCAACCUCCUUCCCCCCCCCGAAAAGCGCUCCUGUCCUUCUCUCAUGUCAUUAUCAUCAUCCUCCUCUUUAUCGCCCAGCCUGCACAUCAAAUUGGAUUAAGAAAGGACACCCGCUUUAUGCUCGGAAGUGCAAACCACCAAAGUAGGUCUCCUUUUGUUAAGAGAACAAAAAUUUCCAAUUCAAUUUUUUUCCCUCUAGGAAGGAAAAGGGGAAAAUUCACUUCCAUUAGUAGCGACGUUUUUAAAGAUGAUUCGUCUCAUAGGAGAGUAAAAGACGAAUGGAAGAGUUACGUGGUCAAUGUGAACUCUAGUCAGAAGGAUAACCACCAAGGGGGUUGUAAAGUGCUCAAGGAGGAGAAACAAUCGUCCUCGGUAGAAAUCGUUGCUGAUGGAAGAAGUACGAGUAACGAGAACAGUCGUCUUGGUGAUGAAACAAAUUAUAGGUGUGCGUCCAUUGAGCGAACAAGCCAAGGAAAGGCACCCUCGGAGGAGCAAAUGCAUAUAUUGCAAAAUAAUCUGAUUGAAGGACUCAUCAGCAAAUUUUGGCCAUUCGGAGAACACAAGGACGAUGCGCGUAAGAAGGAAGAAGGAGAUUCCACAGGGAGUGGGUAUGGAGGAAGUGGAAACCCCCCAGAUCCAGACAAGAACCCAUGGUCAUCAAACCAGUCGACGGAGAAGCAGUCAGAUGAACCUUCCUCAGAGGAGGGACCCUCAAGACAGACGCAUCGGCCCAGUAGAGGGACUGACCAUGAUAAGGAAACCAACUUCCUACUAAAGGCACUGGAUACGGGAAAGUUCAAAUCCUACUGUCUCGUCGAAAAUAUUGACGAGAACAUAGAUAAUUGCGAAAUAUAUAUGAGUAAGGAAAAAAUGGAGGAGUUAAACCUAAGUGAGGGGUUCACCGUUCUUUUAAAAGGAAAGAAGAAAAAGGAGAUGUUAGCUGUUACAAAACUAGACAGAAGGUUAAAUAAACAUUUCGUGGUUAUCUCCUUUGCCAUGAAGAAGAACCUGAGACUCAUGCACAACGAUAUUAUUAAGAUAUACCCAUUAGUGAAAGUAAGUCCAUUGAGAAAUGUUGUGCUUAGCCCCUUUAGUGACACCGUAGGAGGGUUAAGUAAGAGAGAGUUGGAGGAGGAGGUAAUAAAGCCAUAUCUAAAAGGGAGCUUCAAACCGCUGUGUGAGAAUACCAACUUAUACAUCUCACAUAAAGGGAAGAAGAUCGAGUUUAGGGUUGUGAAGUUGAUGAAGGAGGGAGAGGAAGGAAAAAAUGAAAAGGAACAGGACAAGUCGGAUGGAAUGUCGGGUGGAAUUACUCAUGAAGGACGAGUGGACAUUCCUACCUCCCAGCAGUACGGCUACGUAGGUGACAAUGCCAUCAUCACGCUGGACGACGAAUACCUGAACAGAGAAGAUUACGAAGAGCACACAGAUGACAUUACCUAUGAGGAUCUAGGAGGGAUGAAGAAGCAAUUGAAUAAAAUAAGAGAACUUAUUGAAUUACCACUAAAGUACCCAGAAAUAUUUAUCAGUAUAGGAAUAUCUGCUCCCAAGGGGGUACUUAUGCAUGGAAUUCCAGGGACAGGAAAGACAUCGAUCGCUAAGGCAAUUGCUAAUGAAAGUAAUGCGUACUGUUACAUUAUCAAUGGACCAGAAAUUAUGUCGAAGCACAUAGGUGAAUCUGAGCAGAAGUUACGGAAGAUUUUUAAAAAAGCUAGCGAGAAAACACCAUGUAUUAUCUUCAUAGAUGAAAUUGAUUCCAUCGCAAAUAAAAGGAGCAAAAGUACCAACGAGUUGGAGAAGAGAGUCGUUUCACAAUUAUUAACUCUCAUGGAUGGCUUAAAGAAAAAUAAUAACGUGUUAGUUCUGGCUGCCACCAACAGACCCAAUUCCAUUGAUCCUGCUUUAAGGCGUUUCGGUCGUUUUGAUAGAGAAAUAGAAAUACCUGUUCCAGAUGAACAGGGUAGAUACGAAAUUCUACUAACUAAAACAAAGAAAAUGAAGUUAGAUGCAGAUGUUAAUUUAAGAAAAAUAGCUAAGGAAUGCCAUGGAUAUGUCGGUGCAGAUCUUGCACAGCUGUGUUUUGAAGCAGCCAUUCAAUGUAUCAAGGAACAUGUGCACUUUUUGGAUCUGGAUGAGGAGGAUUUUAUCGAAUUUAUGAAAAUAAGUGUUGAUGAGCGGGGGGGUAGUGGUGGGGUUGGUAACAAUAUGGAAGGAAAUAAUCUAUUACCUAGUGGAGAGGAGCAGGAGAAGAAGAAAAAGAAAAGGGGUUUCUUUUUCCAAAGGGAAGAAUCGAAAUCGGUUGAUACUUCGGCCAAGUUGGGGGGGUCAGGCGGAAAGGCAAAUUCCUCCAACAAAGGUACAGAAGGAUUCGACAGUAGGACGAAGAAAAUCCCACCCUACAUUCUUAACAAAUUAACAAUAAAAGCAAAGCAUUUCCAACAUGCACUGAACAUUUGCAACCCGAGUUCGCUUAGAGAAAGACAAGUCCAAAUCCCCACCGUGACGUGGGAUGAUAUCGGAGGAAUGCAGGAGGUAAAGGAACAACUGAAGGAAACUAUUUUGUACCCUCUGGAAUAUAAACACCUGUACACUAAAUUUAAUUCUAAUUACAAUAAGGGUAUAUUGCUUUAUGGCCCCCCCGGUUGUGGGAAAACAUUAUUAGCCAAAGCAAUUGCUAAUGAAUGCAACGCAAAUUUCAUUUCUGUGAAAGGACCAGAAUUGUUAACCAUGUGGUUUGGUGAGUCGGAGGCUAAUGUACGAGACCUGUUUGAUAAAGCACGCGCAGCUUCUCCGUGCAUUAUUUUCUUCGAUGAAAUAGAUUCACUAGCAAAGGAACGCAACAGUAACAAUAACAACGAUGCAAGUGACAGAGUCAUCAACCAAAUUCUCACAGAAAUUGAUGGAAUAAAUGAAAAAAAAACUAUUUUCAUAAUCGCUGCGACAAACAGACCAGAUAUUCUUGACAAGGCUCUCACGAGACCAGGCCGUCUAGACAAGCUCAUAUAUAUUUCUCUACCAGAUUAUAAAAGUAGAUAUAGUAUUUUUAAAGCCAUUUUGAAGAACACACCCCUUAGUGAGGAUGUAGAUCUUCAUGAUAUGGCAAAACGGACUGAAGGAUUUUCGGGUGCGGAUAUUACCAACCUGUGUCAAAGUGCUGUGAACGAAGCCAUUAAGGAAACCAUCCAUCUGAUUAACCAAAGGAAGGCGGAGAAAGGAGGUGCACGAACGCAGGGUGCGGAUGAACACUAUGAUCCCGUGCCUACCCUCGCCAAGAAGCACUUCGAAUUGGCAUUCAAAAAUGCCCGCAUUUCCAUUAGGCCAGAGGAUGUCCUCAAGUACGAGCGCUUUAAGGAGAAGCUCUCCCUUCAGAACUUCGAAUGA